CCCACGAUUGGAUCCAGGCAUCCAGCCAGUGUCACCCAGUGAGCAGAGCAGCUAGCUAGGUCCCGGCGAGGACAAUGGAGCCAGCGGCGGCGGCGACGACGCUCUGGAGAGCGCGAGCGCUACCCAUCCUGCUGGCCAUGCUGGCGGCGGCCGUGGCCGCGAGCGCGCGCGGGGGCGCGGAGAGGGCGCCCACGCUGGUGUUCAUCCUGGCGGGGCAGUCCAACAUGGGCGGCCGGGGCGGCGCCACGUCGGGGAACCGCUGGGACGGGGUGGUGCCGCCGGAGUGCGCGCCGUCCCCGCGCACGCUGCGCCUCUCCCCGUCGCUCCGCUGGGAGGAGGCCCGCGAGCCGCUGCACGCCGGCGUGGACGCCGGCAACGUGGUGGGCGUGGGCCCCGGGAUGCCGUUCGCGCACGCGCUGCUCCGGUCCCCCGCCUGCCCGCGCGGCGCCGUCGUGGGGCUCGUCCCCUGCGCGCAGGGCGGCACCCCCAUCGCCAACUGGUCCCGCGGCUCCGAGAUGUACGAGCGCAUGGUGGCCCGCGCCCGCGUCGCCGGCGCCGGGACGGGGAGGGUCGCCGCGCUGCUGUGGUUCCAGGGCGAGGCCGACACCCUGCGGCGCGAGGACGCGCUGGCCUACGCCGGCAGGAUGGAGGCGUUUGUCCGGGACGUCCGCCGCGACCUCGCCCUGCCCAACCUCCUCGUCAUCCAGGUUGGGAUCGCGACGGCGCAGUGGCAGGGGAAUCAGCAGGGCAAGUGGCUGGAUCUGGUGCGGAAGCAGCAGAGGGCGGUGCGCGUGCCGAACCUCAAGUACGUGGACGCCAUGGGGCUCCCCAUUGCCAACGACAUCACCCACCUCACCACCCAGGCGCAGGUCCGGCUCGGCAAGAUGCUCGCCGCCGCAUACAUAUCCACGCUCUGAUAGUUAAUCCAGUGCGUAACAGUCAGUGUGUGUGUGCAUUCCAGUGAGCACUUCCAAUCAGGCAGGCAGGGAUUACUGAGAUUAUCAUUCAAUCCAUUGAAUAGUAAAUUUGGUUAUGAUUAGUUGCGGACAACAGAUGAAUAAAUCUGCUCUAGUCUGCAGUAGUAGUAGGAUACUUGAUGUGAGGCUACCAAAGGUGGGGCAGACACGAGCUCAUAUUAUUGCUGCCACUAAUUGCUAUGGGGAUUGUAGGAAUUGGAACAAUCUCAUCAUCAGCACAGCGUUGCCGUCUUGCUUAAGAGAAA